GCCAGCCAAAUUCGCGCUUCGACCAGUGGGCAGGCUCAGUCCCAGCCCCUGGGAGCUUUUGACUCGGGCUACGACUGAGCGAGGCUCCGGUGUGCGCCCGGGAGAGGGUGACCCAGAGCCAGAGCGCGGGGCGAGGCGAGUGCCCUUUCUGGGUCGCGCUCUUUGCGCAGGGUGUUUCAGGUGCUAGUGGAACAGGAAAGCCAGAGAUGGACCUUGUGAGACUUGCCCGGCUCUUCUCCAGCCCCUGCCCCAUGGGACUGUCCAUCCUCCAACACCUCAACCCUCUUGGAGCCCGAUGGGGAGCAGGCAGGGUGCAACUUGCUAUGUGGCAGACCUGGCCGGUGUCAGCCUGUUAUAGUUUUUCUUGUCAGCUUCCGCCAGGCCAGGGGAGCCAUAAGAAUGUGAGGAGCCUGCCUUCUGACCCAAGCCAGGCCAGCCCUGUGGCCCCUCAGGAGGAAGAGGAGGAAGAAGGCUUUGGCAUGCUCUCCGACAAGUACUCUUCCCGGAGGUUAUUCCACAAAUCAACAGCCCAGUUUUAUAACCUGCGACUCAGGGAACAGAGUGUUGAGAAAGAGGAACUGGAGCCAAAACUGUGGCGGGGCCGGAGGAACACCCCGUACUGGUACUUCUUUCAGUGUAAACGCCUGAUCAAGGAAGGAAAGCUGGCCGAGGCUCUGGACCUGUUUGACAGGCAGAUGUUGAAAGAGGAGCGACUGCAGCCACUCGAGUGUAACUACACCGUGCUGAUCGGGGGCUGUGGAAGAGUUGGCUACCUGAAGAAGGCCUUCCGGCUCUACAACGAUAUGAAGAAGCGAGACCUGGAGCCCUCCGAUGCCACAUACACUGCCCUGUUUAAUGUCUGUGCCGAGUCUCCCUGGAAGGACUCAGCUCUGCAGAGUGCCCUGAAGCUCCGACAACAGCUCCAGGCCAAAAACUUCCAGCUCAAUCUGAAAACAUACCAUGCCCUGCUGAAGGUGGCUGCCAGGUGUGCAGACCUAAGGAUGUGCCUCAAUGUAUUCAAGGAGAUCGUCCAAAAGGGGCAUAUGCUCACAGAGGAGACCUUCAAUUUCCUGCUCAUGGGCUGCAUCCAGGACAGAAAGACCGGCUUCCGACAUGCUCUGCAGGUGUGGAGGCAGAUGCUGUAUCUGGGGCUCAAGCCAAACCGACAUAGCUAUAAUCUGCUGUUGACGGCAGCUCGAGACUGUGGCCUGGGGGACCCAGAGGUAGCCUCCAGGUUGCUCUUGAGGCCCAGUGAGGAGAUGGUCCUGAUCCAGCCCCGAGCAGGCAGUCAGGAGGCAAGGAGGAGAGGCCGACCUGGGGUAGGUGGUGGCAUGCCAGCCAGACUGCACGUGGAGGCCCUGGAGAGGCAGCUCUUCGAGGAACUUUCACCAGCUCUGGAGGCUCCUCCAGAGCCUUCGGAAGCCACAGUGCCUAACAAGGCCCAGCCUGAAGAGGAUACCAAGGCAGAGCCCAGCCACACUUCAGCCCUUGCCCUAGGGGCCCUAAAGCCACCUUCCUUGGACCCAGAGGUCAACCUCUUGGCCCUUGGGGCUAUCUCCCUAGAUGUGAUCUCACUUGGGACAGUGACCACCUCUGCCGACAGGCUGGUCUUGAUGGGGGGCCUGGAUGGCUUCCUAGGCAAGAUGGCAGAGCAUGGGCUGCAGCCCGACAUCAAGACCCUCACACUGCUGGCUGAGGUGGUGGAGCCUGGCAGCCCUGCAGAGUCCUCACUGCUGAGCAUCCUGGACAGGCACCAGGUGGAGGCUGAUGUGACGUUCUUCAACACCCUGAUGAGGAAGAAGAGCAAGCUGGGGGACUUGGAGGGGGCAAAGGCGCUGUUGCCAGUCCUGGCGAAGAGGGGACUCAUCCCCAAUCUUCAGACAUUCUGCAACCUGGCCAUUGGGUGUCAUAGGCCCAGAGAUGGUCUGCAGCUGCUUGCAGACAUGAAGAAAUCCCAGAUGACCCCAAACAUCCACAUCUACAGCACCCUCAUCAAUGCAGCCCUCAAGAAGCUGGACUAUACCUAUCUCAUCAGCAUCCUGAAGGACAUGAAGCACAGCAGAGUCCCAGUGAACGAAGUGGUCAUCCGCCAGUUGGAGUUUGCAGCCACGUACCCACCCACCUUUGACCAGUACCAAGGGAAGAAUACCUACUUGGAGAAGAUUGAUGGCUUCCGAGCUUAUUAUAAGCAGUGGCUGAAAGCAAUGCCAGCAGAGGAAACGCCCCACCCCUGGCAGGUGUUCCGGACCAAACCCAAAGGAGACCAGGACAUUGUCACAGACACUGGAUCGGACAGAGGCCUUGGGGGCAGGUGACGGGGCACACGGCCAGAACAGUGUGUGGACCUUUCAUUGCCUGGGGGGCACAGCACGCUGCAGGUGUGAGUUUGAGCACUUAUGUCAGGCCUGGGCUGCCCAAGUCCACAGCAAGUCCUACAACAGCUCAAGCCACCUCAGCUCACCCUCAACCGAGAGGUCACCUGUGUAGUGGUCCCAGGCCUGGCACUCUUCCAGGUUCCGUGGCCUGCUACCCUGAAAGACUAACAUGGGACCCAAGAGGUUUAAAGGUU